AUGUGGUCGAAAAUCGUAAGAGGAAAAUCAAAGAGGAAUGAAGACAUGGUGGACGAUGCUCGGGGAGAAGUGUUCGGUAAAGAUCUUCGGGAACGAAUUGAAUUCGAGAGAAAAAUAUAUCAAGAUCCUUCCAUAAUGAUUCCAUCGUUGGUCAUUUAUUUGGUGGAUUUCAUUCGAAAUGCUCAACCAAGACAGGGAGUUUUCAGGGAAGUGGGAAGCGUAGCCACUGUUUCCAAUUACCGAACGAAAAUAAAUGAAUAUGGACUCAAACCUGUCGAUUAUAAAACAAUGUUUAAACAUGAUCUGACUGUCAAUGAUGCCAGUUCCAUUUUAAAAUCAUAUUUUAGAUUAGUGGUGAUAGGACAGAAUGACAUGGACGAAAAAACGAGAGUGGCAAAAUUAAAAACAAUGGUGGAGGGUCUUCCUACGAUAAAUUACGAGACCUUAAGAUAUCUCAUGGAUUUACUACAUUUUAUUGCAACUCGAGGAGUUUAUAGCAUGGACUCUAAUAAUCUUGCAGUGUGUUUAAACCCAAGUAUUUGUUUCGCCAAAAACAAGGAAAGUGCAGAAUCAUUUCUGAAUUUAAAUUUCAUUAUCACUUCCCUAAGUUGCAUGAUCAAAAAUUAUCCUUUAAUCUUUGAUUUUGACCCAAGAGAGAGUGAGCAACACUCCCCAAGAGUAGUCAUUGAGAAAAAAGAGUAUUCUUCUAUGGAACCUCCGGUAUCUCCUGUUAAAUCAGUACCUCCAGCUUCUCCUAAACCACCAAUCGUUGAUAAGGACGAUCUAAAGGACAGUAUUCAAAAGGAACUAGAUCGUCUCGAUUCCAAAAUUAAUUACCAAGAGACUGAGGAAGAGUUGGAAAGGGAUAUUCGGAAAAAUGGUCGAACCGAUGACUAUGGUCUGCAUUCAAUACCAUCUAACUUUUUGGAUAAGAAGUUUUUGCAUGCUGACAUGUUUCAAGAGAUCGAGACUGCAGAAUCAUCAAGCUCCAUGGGUGAGCUUGAAGAAGACGAGCUUGACAAACAAAAGAAGUUCCAUUUGUCGCUGUCAAAAAUUAUUAGCCCAAACACAACGUUGUCUGCAACAAAAGAAGACUCUUCUCCAAAUAAUCAGCAUUUAAUGGAUCUAAUUGUACAGUUGCAAAGCGAAAACAAUACGCUGCGGAAACAACAACAAGAAAUUCGAACAACGCUUGAGCAUAUUAGUCAAUCUACCAAUCACAAUAAUGAUUCCUCAAAUCUGCGCGAAGAUAUGGAGCGAAUUCGAUCCUUGGCGAAUCAUGAACUUCAACAACUGAGGAAAUAUAUCUACAAUGUUGAAGAGCAAACCAUUGAGGAAUUGAAGAGUAUGUGGGUCAAAAUGGACAUUUUGGAGGAGAGUUCAAAGCAAUGUCAAAGGCAAAAUGAACAAUUUUCAAACACAAAAGCAGCUGGAAAUUUGGUGGAGGAAAUGAAACUAUUAAGACAAGAAAUUAGAGACUUGUAUGGUGGAUUUGGAGAGCUUAAUGAACGAAUGAAACAUUUCGAAAUCGAUAUUCGAGAUGUCAAUUCGAGAAUUGAUGAGGUCGUCAAAGAGCAGAGAUUUAUCAAAAUCAAACAAGAAUACGACAUUGAGCAUGUCAAAAAACAAUCUGAAGAAUCAAUAUCCAGGAUCAGGCAGAUGAGCUUCGAGAUUUCGACUCUUCGAUCUAGAUUAGACGCAAAAACUACAACCUCCACAACAAAACUCUCCAGCCCUUACAGUUCCCUAACAACAUCUUUACCUUCCACAAUAACUACAUCCACGUAUAAAUUAUAA